AUGACUAACCCCAGAUUUGUAUUUCUCUUAUUAUCAUUUUCUUUCUGUUGUUUUGCCUUAUCCAACAAUGAAAGUGUAACCUUGGCAUUGUCACGAAGAGGCCUCGGUUUCUUUAGUUCGAUCGGACAUAAGAUUGUAGGUUAAAUUUUUACAUACCAUGUCUACUUUCGGCUGAUCUGAUAGUUUGUACAUAUACAGGUUACAAGGGAACUUCCUAAAAUUGAAUUCCCCAAUAUUAGCCUGCCCAUAAAUGGAGGGCCUGGGGUGGGGACAGUUAAUGUGUCGGAUCUGAAAAUCCCAAAAUUCGAGUCGCCUCUCUUCAAAUUCGAUUUGACGCCACCUGAAAGUUUGAGUUGGAAUUCUGAAGGUGGAGCUAUUAAAAUACUGGGAAACUGGUCAGCUGUAUAUGAUUGGAUAACUCCUGUAAGUGCCAAGGUUUGUAACGCCAUGCUUUUCUAAAGAUCUAUCUCGGAGGAUGGGUAGAAGUCCUGGUUACUGGGAUAAACUCCUUUACAACACUGAGUGUAUACAGCGAUGCAGGACAUCCGCAAUUGCAACUGCAUGAUUGCGAAGUUGAUGUGGAACAACUUCACAUGACUCUUGGAGGCGGGGUCAUUCAAUGGAUUGUCAAUUUAUUCAGUGCCGAUCUUAGCGAUGCAAUCAAAAAAGCCAUCCAUACCCAGGUGACCGAUUUUGCAAUUUCUAUAGUACAGGAUGUUGCUAGAAUUAUGGAAAAAACUAUUCAUUAAUAACUUUGUGCUCGGUGGUCCAAUCCGAUUUUUUUUUGCAUUUUACAGAAAAACCUUGGAGUUUUUAGAAUCAAAAAAGAAUUUUUUUCUUAUCGGCGGAGACUUCCGUAAUCCGCCUUGAGUUCGGCGGAGUGUUUUUUUCACAAAUGAGGCUGUAAAUUGUUGUAUGUGUACAAAAAAUGGGCGGGAAAGGAUUCGGAAGAUACAAUAUGACACUUAUUUCAAACUUUUGUCAUUCGGCGGAGACAUUUCUCAACCUCGGCGGACGAUUUUUCUUCGACUUUGGAGAGUCAAACUCGGCUAAAACCGAAAAGUAUGGUAUUCCUGGUGGCAUGGCGCCUAAAUACGACUUAUUACGUCUUCGGCCCACUGGGAGAAAAAAAGGCAAUUCGGCGGAGAAAUCGGCGGAGAAAAAAAUGAACCCAUUUUUACAGCCUGUGAAAAAAACACUCCGCCGAAUUCAAGGCGAAUUACGGAAGUCUCCGUCGAUAAAAGAAAAAAUUUUUUUGAUUCUAAAAACUCCAAGGUUGUUCUGCAAAAUGCAAAAAAAAAUUCGGAUUUUACCACUGAGCAUAAAGUUAUUAAUGAAUAGUUUUUUCCAUAAUUCUAGGAACACCCUCUUUAAUAGUACAUACUAUAAGGAUGGUGAAAUACGCGUCAAAUUUGGUGUCGUGGCCAGAAACCGCGAUUUCUUGUCUGUUAGGCCUCUGAGCAGAGAAAAAAAGAAAAAAAUCUCUACAGGGAGAGAGCAGAAAUUUGCGCAAUGUUACGCAAUUUGAGACAAGAAUUACGCAUUUCUUGUCUUGAAGCCUAAAAGACAAGAAAUUGCGGUUUCUGGCCACGACACCCGAUUUGAUGCGUAUGUCACCAUCCUUAUAUAUUGUAAAUUAAAAAUCAAAAAUUAUACGCAGCUCUGUGAAACUACAAAAACCACAUUACUGGAUGAAGCAAACGACGCCCUAAAGUCAUUACCCAAGCAUCUGAAUGUGGCUGGGGAUGUGUAUCUCGAUUAUAACUUACUCCAAAACCCACUUGAAGUCAAUUCGUAAGCUCAUUCGGGUUUUUAAGUCUUCAGAUUGACGCGUCAGUCACGUUGUCAAACCGUCCUGUCAUUUUGAUUGUCAAAUUAAACCUUUUUGGUAAAUUUUUGUAGAUUUUUGCAAAAAGAUCGUAAUAAUUUAAAACUUUUGGGAACUGAAUACAGUCUGUCGGGAAAAUAACGGCGGAUUGUCGUAGCAAAAUGUCUCGCUUCGCCGCUAUCGCGCACCAAAUCCCCAGCCGCGGCUUUCAGUCGCAAAGCGAUGACGAGCGAUUCCAAGGCGCGACGAUCCGCCGUUAUUUUCCCGACAGACUGAUAGUUACGACUAAUAUUAACGGCAUUCAUUAAGGUUAUGUUAAGCCGUGAAAACUUCGUAUAUCAGAAUUUUCAAUUUACAGGGGAAGUACCCGAAGUGCGACGCUCAGCGCUACGCUUUGUUAGUGGGACAGGCCCCAGAUUUUGAUGAAAUUUAGAAUAAUUUUUUCGCGUCCCGACAUUUCGGGUCAGGGACAACUCGGGUCGCGACAACUCGGGUCAACGACAACUCGGGUCAACGACAACUCGGGUCAACGACACUUCGGGUCAACGACAUUUCGGGUCAACGAUACCGUUUAAUAUUUUCGCUUCGGGACUGUGAAAAAAGAAUUUUUUGGUGAAUUUGAGAAAUUUUUGAAAUGUUUUCGCUUCGGGACUUGGAAAAAAAGGAUUUUUUGUGAAAUUUGAAAAAAAUUUGAAGUGUUUUCGCUUCGGGACUGGGAAAAAAAGAUUUUUUGGAAAAUUCAACAAAAUUUUGAAAUGUUUUCGCAUCGGAAGUAGAAAAAAGGGUGUCUGACUGAAUAUUAACUGUGGUGCCGGCAGCACUAAAAUUUUGUCUAAAACCAAUGGUACCACCUGGUACUAUAUAGUACCACGUGUUUUUGGGCUCUACUAAGCACCAAACCAUCGCCAUUACUGCCCCAUGACCAAAUUUUCACUUCUCACAAAACAGUACCAGUUGGUACUAUAUAGUACCAAGUGUUAAAACGUGUUUUUGGGUUCUACUAAGCACCAAACCAACGCCAUUACCGCCUUACGGCCAAAUUUGCACCUCGUACUAAAUAGUACCAGGUAGUACUAUUUAGUACCAAGUGUUAAAAAUGUGUUUUUUAAGCAGUACUAGGCACCAAAACAACACCAUUAACGUCUAAAAGUGCUAUAAGUCGAAAAAUUUUCAAAAAGAAUCCCUAAAGGCAGUAAGGUAACAGAAACCCAGUUUUCAUAUUCAGUCAGUUCAUACUCAGUCAGCUCGAAAACCUUUCAAAUUUUUUUCAAUUUUCACAAAAAAUCCUUUUGUUAAAAGUCCCGAAGCGAAAACAUUUCAAAUUUUAUUCAAAUUUCACAAAAAAUCCUUUUUUUCCAAGUCCCGAAGCGAAAACAUUUGAAAAAUUUUUUAAAUUCACCAAAAAAUUCUUUUUUCCAAGUCCCGAAGCGAAAAUAUUAAACGGUAUCGUUGACCCGAAAUGUCGUUGACCCGAAGUGUCGUUGACCCGAGUUGUCGUUGACCCGAGUUGUCGUUGACCCGAGUUGUCGCGACCCGAGUUGUCCCUGACCCGAAAUGUCGUAGCGCCAAUUUUUUUAGGAUACAAGCGAGAAUCUUAGCUCGCGCUUUGCAGAAACAACGGAGAUUUUUAGAUCGAAAGUCGGCAAAAAUUUGAGACUUUUUGCCGAAUUUCGGGACGAAAAGUUUCAUGCCUAUUUCUAUCAUAGAGGGUAAUGUUUCCACAAAAAAUCAAUUUUUCCACGCAAAACUAGCGAAGUUAUGGCCAAAAACUGUUUUUCUCUUUGACCGCUCUCCACGUUUAGUGUGCUCUCUCGGCGGCAAAGAUCGUUCAAUAUCUCGGCGGCACCCGCAAAGCGCGAGCUAAAACUUUCAGGAAUUGAUAUUUAGUCUAUUUCCGACGUGUGUGCAAAAUCAAAAAAAAAUCUGAGCGUCGCACUUGGGGUACUUCCCUUGUUAGCCAAAAUGACAGUAACGUGGCGCAAUGGGACGUCAUUUUGAGAAGUUUUGUCAAAUUGACAACCACCUAGUAAACAUGAUCUCAUCAAAUAUACUCCGCGUACAAUGUUUUGACCCCCCUCCUAACUCGGCCCAAAGUGUACCAAUUCGGACCAAAUUUGGUAUAUAGUCUACUCACAGGCUGGUAACAAAAAAUAACAUAGCAGGACAUACCUCAUUGUUGAAUUUCAAAAUCCAGGGGCAAUUUUCAAAAAUCACCUUAAAAAAUCGAGGAAAAAGUUUUGACCCCCCCUAAAAAAAGUUAGAUAUCGCCAGCGGAUGCUACCCAAACCUAUCGUAAUCGACGUCCCAUACCUGAAUACAGGUUAAUAAAUGGUUUCCCGUUGAAUGCUUCGUUGCAUUUGAAGAUUCAACGCGUUAAACCGUUUUUGAUGCAGAGCUGCCCAAAAUGGUAAAAAUCUUGUCCUAGCGCUUUCCAAGACCUCUAAAUUUGGUUUAUAUUAUGUGAUUUACACCUGUAUUUACCUUCUUCUUUCGAUAAAAGUGCAUGGUGGCCUGGGGGUGUAGAUUCGACAGAUACCCUCUUGUCAUGCCGAGCUUUGGCGACCCAUUAGCUCUUUGACCGAAGGGCUAGAUAUGGUCGUUAGAUUCUCAAUGUAAUUCUGAGACCCAUACUUACUCUCAGAAAAAGAAUAAACUCCGGCUGACACGAUCUCAUAUGGUUUUCAGGCGCAACUUCGCCGAUCUGCACCUUAACGAAAAACCCGCGUUUUUCAAAUGGAUUUUUAGCCACCAAAAACGGCUUUCAUUUGAUGGACCAGGUAAUCUAAGACGCUACAGCACCCUCCAUACCCAUUUGAGACGUACGGAACGCCAAAUGGGCGGUGGGGAUGUCAUCGUCCUCGGGGGCAUCUACAGUAACGACAAACUCAAGAUUAAGGUGAAUGAAACCCAUUACAAAACGUGUCAAAUCGAAAAAAUUUACAUUACUGAGAGUAAAUAGGAGUCUCAGAAUUAUAUUGAGGGCCUAACGACCACUUCAAGACCUUGAGUCAAAGAGCAAAUGGCUCACCAAGGCUGGGCAUGACAACCGGAUAUCGGCAGAAUCGACAUCGCUGGGCCAUCAUGGACUUUUUUUCGAAAGAAAAAGGUUAAUGCAGGUGAUUACACGUCAAAAUUACAUGAUUUAAACAUAAUUUAGAACUUUUGGAAGGCGCUAGUACAAGAUUUCUACCAUUUUGGGCAGUUCUACAUCAAAAACGGGUUAACGCGUUGAAUCUUCAAAUGCAACGAAGCAUUCAACGGGAAACCAUUUAUUAACCUGUAUUCAGGUAUGGGACGUCGAUUACGAUAGGUUUGGGUAGCAUACGCUGGCGAUAUCUAACUUUUUUUAGGGGGGGUCAAAACUUUUUCCUCGAUUUUUUAAGGUGAUUUUUGAAAAUUGCCCCUGGAUUUUGAAAUUCAACAAUGAGGUAUGUCCUGCUAUGUUAUUUUUUGUUACCAGCCUGUGAGUAGACUAUAUACCAAAUUUGGUCCGAAUUGGUACACUUUGGGCCGAGUUAGGAGGGGGGUCAAAACAUUGUACGCGGAGUAUACAGGGUGUUCCGAGAAUUGUGGAAAAAACUAUUCACUAAUAACUUUGCGCUCGGUGGUCCAAUCCGAAAAAUUUUUUUGCAUUUUACAGAAAAGCCUUGGAGUUUUUCGAAUCAGAAAAAAUUUUUUCUUUUAUCGGCGGAGACUUCCGUAAUCCGCCUUGAAUUCGGCGGAGUGUUUUUUUCCAGAAAUGAGGCUGUAAAUCGAUGUAUGUGGAAAGAAAAUGAGCGGAAAAAGAUCCAGAGGAUGCAAUAUGACAUUUAUUUCAAAUUUUCAUGAUUUGGCGGAGACAUUUUUUAACCUCGGCGGACGAUUUUUCGGAGAGUCAAAAUUGGCUAAAACAAAAACGUAUGGUUUCCCUGGUGGCAUGGCGCUUAAAUAAGAUUUAUUACGUCCUCGGCGGAAUAGCAGAUGAAGAAACGGCAAUUUGGCGGAGAAAUCGGCGGAGAAAAAAAUUAACCCAUUUAUGUAAUUAUGAAAAUUAUCCGCCGAGCAUCCGCCGAUAAGAAGAAUCAUAUUUUUUAGUUGAUCAGGGCCGCAUAAGACCUAGAAUUUUAGUUUUAUCAUCAUAAUUUCUUAAAUGGGUUCAUUUUUUCUACGCCGAUUUCUCCGCCGAAUUGCCGUUUUUUCAUCUGCCAGUCAGCCGAGGACGUAAUAAGUGUUAUUUAAGCGCCAUGCCACCAGGGAAACCAUACGUUUUUGUUUUAGCCAAUUUUGACUCUCCGAAGUCGAAGAAAAAUCGUCCGCCGAGAUAAAAAAAUGUCUCCGCCAAAUCGCGAAAAUUUGAAAUAAAUGUCAUAUUGCAUCCUCUGGAUCUUUUUCCGCUUAUUUUUUUUCCACAUACAUCGAUUUACAACCUCAUUUCUAAAAAAAACACUCCGCCGAAUUCAAGGCGGAUUACGGAAGUUACCGCCGAUAAAAGAAAAAAAAUUUUUAGAUUCGAAAAACUCCGAGGCUUUUCUGUAAAAUGCAAAAAAAAAUUUUCGGAUUGGACCACUGAGCGCAAAGUUAUUAAUGAAUAGUUUUUUCCACAAUUCUCGGAACACCCUGUAUAAUAUUUAGUGAUGAUGUUGUCGGACAGGCAAACGUUGACGUAAUGUUAUUGAAUCUAACGUGCCGUUUACCCGAAGAGCCGGUACUUCUAGGGCAAGUAGACGACAGUUACAUGGCCAAUAUCUGGUUUUCAAGUCAAGUCGGAAACUGUCUUCUCCUCAGCGCUCAUUACAAUCAGAUGCUGCACUUCACUCUAACCAAGGACCUUUAUUCAAAAUUAAGCACAUUUUUCCAGACAAGGUGAUUUAUUUAGUUGGUUCCGCGAAGCCAACAUCAUAGAUGUAUAUUUUAAUAAUUGAAUUAUUUCAGUUGCAAAUGGUAUAAAGUCUGUGUUGGCAAGCUUUUGCCCACGCUGGAGGAGAGAUACCCUCGUCGUCACAUUGAACUUGAGUUCUACACAGCCGAACGUCCGAUCCUCUCCAUCGACGACAUGGCAACCGUUAACUCUACUUUUUACAUCGACAUGAAGAUACAACCUGAAAAAGGAAAACCCGAUGUUCGUGAUGUUCUAGCUAGACUGGGUAAGCACACAACUAAACAUCGCAUGUUAUUCACACCAUUGCAGAAAUGGAAUCUAUUCUUAGUGUAAUUCCUGCACUUUAUAACAACAGAAUAUGCGGAGAAGUAAAUGGCACCAAACUGAAAUUCGUUGAAGACUUCUCUCGAGUUGGGAACAUCAGCGACACUUUCCUUCAGACUUUGGAGCUCUUCUUGACCCCCAUGUUUAAGGUAAGCGCGGACUCCCUUCUUCGUAUUGGACUUCCUAUUCCGAUGGUUGAGAACAUGACACUAAAGAACAACAGCAGAAUCGAGCUCAGCAAAAAUACUAUUGGAAUUUAUGCCGAUCUUAAUUUCCUCGAACAAUGA